GGGAGGGGAGGGGCAGGAAGAAAUACCGAAAAUGGGUCAGCGUCCGCUCUAAACGGGUCGGCAAGGGGAGAGGAAUCGGGCCAGGGACAGGGAGAGGAGUCAACCCAGCAGCAGCAGCAGCAGGCUCUGAUAAGCUGUGGAUCAUCGUGAAGUACUUGACAAGAUGGGAGACCGCAGUGGAGAAUUGGAUCUGAAACCUGACUUCAGGAAUGGCAGCCUGUCUAGCACCCCCGAGGACACAGAGGAGGCUCGCGAGACCUCCUCCGGCAUCGAGGUGGAAGCGUCCGAUCUCAGCCUGAGCCUGACGGGGGACGAGCACAUGGCAGAGGAGGAGGAGGAGGAGGCUAAGGAGGAGGAGGGAGAACGUCGAGGCGCCGGGGACGUGGGCAGGCGCGGGCCGGAGAAGCAGAGCUCGGACGAGCAGGACUCCGACUCGCUGGAGGACACGGGCACCUACUCCAUCGUGGACGAGGAGGACGAGGACGAGGAGGAGGAGGAGGAGGAGGAGGAGAGCAAGAUGGAGGACGGACGCCCCGAGGCGCCGCCUCGCCGGAGGAGGGGGCCCAAGAGGGCGAGCGAGACCGAGCGGGACUCCGAGGAGGAGGAGGCGGCGCUGGAGCGCUGGGUCCACUCGGAGGUGGCGGCGCUGCCCCCGCCCACCUGGUGCGCCGCCCCCGCCCUGGGAGCCAGGGAGAUCGGCCGAGACCCCCGGGCCUUCAUGUACCGGGCGUGCGGCGCCCGCACCUUCGUGGAGCGCCUGCGCUUGCAGCACGGACUGGAGCGCCACGCCGGCUGCGUCAACACGCUCCACUUCAACCGGCGGGGAACCUGGCUGGCCAGCGGCAGCGACGACCUCAAGGUGGUGAUCUGGGACUGGGCCCGCCGCAAGCCGGCCCUGGAGUUCGACACCGGGCACAAGAGCAACGUCUUUCAGGCCAAGUUCCUGCCCAACAGCGGAGACUCGACGUUGGCGAUGUGCGCCCGAGAUGGUCAGAUCCGCAUCGCCGAACUCUCGGCCACUGAGUGCUGCAAGUCGACUAAAAGAGUGGCACAGCACAAGGGCUCGGCGCACAAGCUGGCCCUGGAACCCGACUCUCCCUGCACUUUCCUGUCUGCCGGCGAAGAUGCCGUGGUUUUCGCCAUUGACCUGCGGCAGGAGAGACCAGCUUCGAAGCUGGUCGUCACCAAGGAGAAGGAUAAAAAGGUGGGCCUGUACACGAUCUACAUGAACCCCUCCAACACCCACCAGUUCGCCGUCGGAGGGAGAGAUCAGUUUGUCAGAGUCUAUGACCAGCGCAAGAUAAACGAGAAUGAGAACAAUGGUGUGCUGAAGAAGUUCUGCCCCCAUCACCUGAUCAAUAGUGAAUCGAAAGCCAACAUCACAUGUCUGGUCUAUAGUCACGACGGCUCAGACCUGUUAGCGAGUUACAAUGACGAGGACAUCUACCUCUUCAACUCGUCCCACAGCGAUGGCGCCGAUUAUGUCAAGCGUUACAAGGGGCAUCGCAAUAACGCCACAGUUAAAGGGGUGAAUUUCUACGGCCCCAAGAGUGAGUUUGUGGUGAGCGGCAGUGACUGUGGACACAUCUUUCUCUGGGAGAAAUCAUCCUGUCAAAUCGUUCAGUUCAUGGAGGGGGAUAAAGGGGGAGUGGUUAAUUGCCUCGAACCACAUCCUCAUCUCCCUGUCUUAGCAACCAGCGGCCUCGACCACGAUGUGAAGAUCUGGACACCCACGUCCGAAGCAGUGAAUGGGUUGUCGGGAUUAACAGAGGUCAUUAAGAAGAACAAGCGGGAGAGAGAUGAGGACUGUCUGCGUCACACUGACCUCUUCGACAGCCACAUGCUCUGGUUCCUAAUGCACCAUUUACGCCAGCGCAGGCAUCGGCAGGUGAGCGAGGGGCAGAGGGGGGG